ACAGCUUGUCCAACAAAAGAGUGACUUGUGACGGUGGUAUUCAGGUUGAUACGCUUUGCUGGUUCUUAUUAUGGUUGAUAUAAUUGGGUCAUUGUACCGAUUUCUCUGAAAAAAUAAGCACAUCAAUUGUCGACAUUUUUCGUCCUGUUAUAGUGAAAAAGAUUUGAAAAAAGACCUAGCAUACUGCUUUGUUUCGUGUUUGAAGAAUUGCGUUUACGUGUUUAUUAGAAACGAUUUUAUUCGCGUUGGAUUCAUGCUUCAGCAAGGAUUAUUGGAUUAUUGGAACGGUUUAUACAGUUAAUGUUAAGAUAGAUUAUUGAACAUGAAUAUCUUGUUACCAUUAAUUUUGCUAUCAACGUUUCAAAGCUUUUUGUAAAAUGUAGUAGACACAAUACACACUUGAAGCAAAUCAAGUACGCAAACGGUGGUGAAUGUUAAGCUUAAGAUAUCAAAUUGCAAAUACGUGUAUCUACUACUCGUUUGGAUACGAUUGCCUGUUACCACCCGUUUAUGGCGGGUUUCGAUAUGGUUCGUGUGAUGAAACAAACGGAUAUUUCCAUAAAUAUGACAUCUAAAUAUUGUAGAAGACGAUAUAUUCGUAGAAUAGCAUUAAUUUCGUGUGUAGUGUUGAUUAUUUCACUCGCGAUAUAUUUUCACGUGAUAGUGCGGCAGACCUACUUGAAUAUAAACAUCCGGAACACAUGUGUGAUACCAAUACUGGACCCGUUCGACCCGUCGAUUAUGCCCUACGUCUGGGAACCUGGGCCGCUUGCAUGCGACAAAACUCCCCAGCUGAUCCACCAGGAUGACACUGGUGUGCUCAGAUUCAAUACGACGUUAAUGGAGCUGUUAAACCUCCAAAAGGACCAAGUCCACUGCGUCUUUAGGAUUGUGACGAGGAACAGAGACGACGCAACGGUAAAAUUCGGUGAAGAAACACAUUUCGUUCCUGAGUAUUCCGUAAAAGCAGACGUUUAUCAGGUGAUAUGUAGAGACAGAAACGGUGACGUCAUAUUUGAGAAAGUUCUUACAAGCGUCAACGUUGGUGACGUCACGCGUGAGGUCUCGGUGAUGGAUGAGACGCGGGAUCAGCUGAGCGUAGUGUUCCUCGGUAUUGAUUCCGUAUCUAGGUCGGCGGCAUUCCGGAAGCUUCCAAAGUCUAUGAAGUAUUUGAAGGAGGACCUGAAUUCGUAUGACUUGCGGGGCUUGAUGAAGGUCGGCGAGAACACGUUCCCCAAUAUCAUGGCCCUCUUAGCCGGAAAUGUCUUCCAUGGUUUCUGCGACACCACCCCAUGUGACGAUCUACCCUUCAUUUGGAAAAACUUCUCGGCAAAAGGCUACGCCACGUUCUUUGCGGAAGACUGGACAGGCGAGAGCACGUUCGAAAACCACAAGGGCGGCUGGCGGGAUCCGCCCACUGACCACUUCAUGCGACCUUUCUAUCUGGCCAUCGAACAGCUAGCUAAGGAGAACAAGCUGAAUAAGAUUGGCAGCUUCCUCAAAUACCAGUUGGAGUUGAAGAAUAUAAUUGGACAGAGCGCUACAACGUUCCAGAGAAUGUGUUACAAGGACUUACCACAGUACGUUCAUCAGAACAAGUUUUUAAAACAGUUUUUGACGAGUUACACAAAUAAGCGAAAGUUUGCGCUAUCGUUUACGAAUACACUGUGUCACGAAGCAGACAAUUUACUGUCAUACGGCGACGAUUUCACUUUGGAGUUUCUGAGAUGGCUUAAAUAUGGCGGUCACCUUGAGAACACGGUGUUUGUGUUGUUCGCGGACCAUGGGAGUCGGCUCGAGCGCAUCCGGAACACUCUUGUUGGGCGCCUGGAGGACCGGAUGCCAGUUAUGGAGUUGCUGGUUCCCGAACAUAUCAAGGAACGGUAUCCGUCAUUAGACAGAGCGUUACGCGUAAACCAAGACAGACUGAUAACGUUUUUCGAUUUUCACCAAACAUUGAUUGAUAUCAUGAACCAAAGUUUUCGCAAUCCUACGAUUCAAAUGGAAAACGGAAGGACCAAGGGCAUUAGUUUGUUUAAUGAAAUUCCAGCCGCUCGCUCGUGUUACGAUGCAUGGAUUCCCGAAAACUUUUGUGCGUGCUACGAGUCGGUGCAGGUUGGCACAGACACAACCGAUUCCCAGCUCCUCGCGGCACACAUGCUGAGGGAAAUAAACCAAUUAAAAUCCGGUCAACCAAAAUGUAUUGAAUUAAAUUUACACAAGGUUCAAGAAGUACGAAAGAUUUCCGAUGGCUUAAAACACGUCGAAUCGACGCUGUACGGUCGCGCAACUUUCUUCAAUCUGAGAGCGCCGGAAAAAUCUCGGCUGGAUAGACUCGAAGUGACGCUUGUGACUUAUCCGGGAUGCGGGAUUUUCGAAGCCACAUACGAGAUGCGGAACAGGGUCAAUAUACAGCGUAUUGGGGAAAUAGUCCGCAUUAACAGGUACGGAAACACUUCCCAUUGCAUGCAUGUGAAAGAAUUGAAGCCAUUUUGUUUUUGUGGUGACGUUACCUCGAAACCGUGUUGAUCUCCGUCUAAUUAAUUUAAUUUAUUCAACUCGAAUGCGUCCGAAUGCAGAAGCUGCAUGGAACAGGGAAUGUGUGGAUUCGGGCUUAUGAGGUGCUUCCGCGCCUGAGGCUGCAUAAUAUGAGGACUCGGAGUGUGAUCAUGCACUGUCUACCCACUAACUGACUAGACUUCCGAAAGACGAGACGAAUCUUGAACAAUGCUCCGAAUCCAGCUAUAUUUGCUAAAUUAAAGGCAUUUAAGUUUGGAGUGUUCUUGUGCUGUGUGAUGGCGGGGGGGGGGGGGGGGGGGCGAGGGGCGCGGCGGUGAGAAGCGCGUGUACCUACCACUGCUCGAGCCGGACAGCCGACUGCAUGGCGCAUUGUCGAUUGUUUUGCUAUGAAAACCAGUGCUUGAUUUAUUUGUAAUUUCAGCGAAAAAUCUCUCCGAGUAUAGACUGUUUGGUUUGCAAGCUGAAGCCAUAAAAAGCGGACAUCGUCGUCAGGGUGCACGUUAACUUUCAAAUUUGUUAAAAUUGUCUUCAAGUAUUAUUUGAAAUAUUUUGACAUUUGUCAUCAUUUUUAUUUAUUUCCCUUUUUAUGUAUUAACGUUUGGUUCAAUAGCAUUUCACUGUUCUGAGUCUAUUAUGAUAAAUGCAUAUGGUCAAUUUAUUAAACGUGUAUUUGAAUAAUGCAAAGUAUCAGCUUGAAAGCGCUAGUGGUUUAUAUAUAUCCAUAUACGGGUAAAUUUGUAUCGUUUAAUUGUGUAAAAAUCUAUGACAUUUACAUUUUACCACAUCAUUACAAAUAACAUUCAAAUACUAUUUUUUUAUCAAAAAAGACAGUAUUGUAUCUUUUUAUGUCAAAUAAUUCGGUAUUUACAAUAUUUUGCAAUAAAGUAUUGAGAAAUG